AGCCCUAGCCAGCGCGCAGCCUUCCCCGGCGCCGGCAAGCUGGGUCUUGGGAAUUCUGGUUUGCUUUGGCUCACUCGCUUUCACAAACUACUGGAUCUUACAUGCCUCUGUAACCCCCCACUUCCACUCCAUGUCCCCAUGCUCCUGCGCCAGCAACAGAUGCUCAAGAAUUGGUGAUUUUCAGUGUGAGAAGAGCAGACAAGGAAGUCUUCUGCUUGCCUGCAGCCACUCAGGCAUGUGGGCAGGUUGAUAGGAGAGACAUUCUUCAUAGUGAACGAGACGUGUUCUCUGGAUGUCAGCUGAGUUGCUAAGGUGACUCCGCAUGUCAGGAGACAGACCCUGGUAGAAAGAACCUCAAGGCUCCUGGAGACCCCCAUCUCUCCUUGUUUUUUGUGUGUGUGUGUCCUCACCGAACAUUCAAAACUGUUUCUCCAAAGGGUUUUGCAAAAACUCAGACUGUUUUCCAAAGCAGAAGCGCCGGCGUCCACAGCCGAAGCGAUGGGCAGUGUGCGCACCAACCGCUACAGCAUUGUCUCUUCAGAAGAAGACGGCAUGAAGUUGGCCACCCUGGCGGUUGCCAACGGCUUUGGGAACGGGAAGAGUAAGGUCCACACCCGACAGCAGUGCCGGAGCCGCUUCGUGAAGAAGGACGGCCACUGUAACGUGCAGUUCAUCAACGUGGGCGAGAAGGGGCAGCGGUACCUGGCAGACAUCUUCACCACGUGCGUGGACAUUCGCUGGCGGUGGAUGCUGGUUAUCUUCUGCCUGGCCUUCGUCCUCUCGUGGCUAUUUUUCGGCUGUGUGUUCUGGUUGAUAGCUCUGCUCCAUGGGGAUCUGGAUGCAUCCAAGGAGAGCAAAGCUUGUGUGUCCGAGGUCAACAGCUUCACGGCCGCCUUCCUUUUCUCCAUUGAGACCCAGACGACCAUCGGCUACGGCUUCAGGUGUGUCACGGACGAAUGCCCGAUCGCUGUUUUCAUGGUGGUCUUCCAGUCCAUCGUGGGCUGCAUCAUCGACGCCUUCAUCAUCGGAGCAGUCAUGGCCAAGAUGGCCAAGCCCAAGAAGAGAAACGAGACGCUGGUCUUCAGUCACAACGCGGUGAUCGCCAUGAGAGACGGCAAGCUCUGCUUGAUGUGGCGAGUGGGCAACCUUCGGAAAAGCCACCUGGUGGAGGCUCACGUGCGCGCGCAGCUCCUCAAAUCCAGAAUUACUUCUGAAGGGGAGUACAUCCCCCUGGAUCAAAUAGAUAUCAACGUCGGGUUUGACAGUGGCAUUGACCGUAUAUUUCUGGUGUCCCCAAUCACGAUCGUCCACGAAAUAGAUGAAGACAGUCCUUUAUACGAUCUGAGUAAGCAGGACAUUGACAAUGCAGACUUUGAAAUUGUUGUGAUCCUAGAAGGCAUGGUCGAAGCCACGGCCAUGACCACCCAGUGCCGGAGCUCGUAUCUGGCCAACGAAAUCCUCUGGGGCCACCGCUAUGAGCCUGUUCUCUUUGAAGAGAAGCAUUACUACAAAGUGGACUAUUCGAGGUUCCACAAGACUUACGAGGUACCCAACACUCCCCUUUGUAGUGCCAGGGACUUAGCAGAAAAGAAAUACAUCCUGUCCAACGCUAACUCAUUUUGCUAUGAAAAUGAAGUGGCCCUCACGAGCAAAGAGGAAGACGACAGUGAAAACGGAGUCCCAGAAAGCACGAGUACGGACACCCCCCCGGACAUAGACCUUCACAACCAGGCAAGCGUACCUCUAGAACCCAGGCCCUUGCGGCGAGAGUCCGAGAUAUGACUGGACCCGCCUCUGGAAUAGUUACUUUAAAACACAGUCUGUUGGUCAAAGGCCCAAAACAGUGAUUCAGACGACGGUACUGGUGAAGAGGUGGGUCGAGACAAGUGGCCGCGAGGGACUGAGGUUAGCACAGAGGGCUUCAAAGAAGGACUGUAAGCUCGAAGAUUAACAUAAAGCACUAAACAUGCCUCCCCGUGACCCGAUGAUGGCACAUACAUGUUGUAGAAUAAGUUAGGGUGGGGUGUUUAUGUUGUGUUUUGUGUUUUUACAAAACUUGAACUUGCAGGCAAGCCUUGGUUGGUUGGGUGUUUGACUUAUCCAGAAUGCUUCUCUUUAGGGAACAAGAAUGUUUUUAAUGGCAUAACAUUUUUAAAUGUUUUAAAGGCAAGACUCUGCCUUAACUUUUGAAAAGCUGCUAACUACAUGAACACAAAUUGUCUUGUUGCAGUGUAGUUUUUUCUUUUGUGUAAUUUAAAAGUCAGUGUUGAACUUGGUUGAAAGCUCAUGAUAUGUGCUUCAAAGUGGCAAGUAUUUGGCUAUUAGCUGCCAAAACGAGAGCCUGAUUUUUUUGAGGCCAGUAAUUUGUUUGCUAGAAUUGAUUUCUCUCUCUCUCUGUCUCUCUCUCUCUCUGUCUCUCUGUCUCUCUGGUUACAUAAGGGCAUUAUGUAACACUAGCCAAAUGGUAGCCUCUGGGUUGUUGUUGGUUUUUGUUUUUGUUUUUGUUUUUCCUCCAUGAUGUUAAUGGGUUAUCUCAAAUUUUAAGUUAGACUACCUAGAAUAAAAUACCAAAGAUAAUGCACAUUUUUGCACAGUGGAGCUUACACUAAAAAGGAAAGCAAGCCCCACAGCUGCCUUGACAUCAAGAGACACUAACUUGGAACCUCAGCAAGACCUUGAACUGCCCUCUCCUUUCGCACCUUAUUCAGAAAACAGAACAUCACACGCACAGUCUCGUGAGUGUAGUGCUUUUACAUUUUUGUUCUUUCAUGUAACUUUCACAUGAUAGGAGGAAGAAGACAGGGGAAGUAAAAUUCACAUACACACACCCCCGUGAUAGAAACAUCUCUUCUUUCCUUGGAGGUGGUGCUGGCCAGGCGAACACCUAAGUUGAGAGAUGAUGAUGUGCUCUUAGACUUUUUCUUCUGGAUUUUUCCAUUUUUGCACAUUCCAAAAUUUAUUCCAUAAGACCUAGGUUGACGCUAGCUGGCCUCCUUCACGCUGAGCCAUCCAACAUGAAAGAUCAAUAGGUUUAAACCCUUGCGGCUGAAUUCCUCGCCCGGAUUGUCAGUACAUUUCCAGCUUGACUUCAUCUUCCAAAAGAUGCCACGCCUGGCCUCUAGGCCGGUCCUGGGUCUGGAGUGAGUCCUACAGCGCCUGAGCGGGCAGUGAAUGCCAAAGUGAGAUGUGGACAAACCAUUUUAUGUACCUCAUCAGCUCAAAUAUUCAGGAUGGAGGGGAAUGUUGCUUUUUUUUUUUUUUUUUUUGAACAGUAGAGUAGGAAUGAAAAUGUCUCAGUAUUUUAGGGUCAGUAAGAGCCGUAGAAAUUCUGACAGUCCCAAGUAAAGGAGAUAAUGGUCAAAAGGGUUCUUUCCCCUUCAUGGGUGUACACUCAGGCCUGAAUCGGAGCUGAUCCCUUUUGCCUGUGGCGCCUGAGACCAGGUUUCUUGGGACGCAUGGUUUUCCAGAAGCCUCUCCUGCCUGGCUGCUUGACCUGCCAGAAACGUUGGUUUUGUUUUGUUUUGUUUUGUUUUCUGCUCUAGCUCAACCUAAUGGAACUCUCUUUAGAUCGACAGUUCCUUAUUUGUGAAUUCUGGGGUUGCUGACUUUUCUUUUUCAUUGGCGUCUCCAAAUCAACUCUCUCGUGGUAUUAUAUCCCUGUAUGCCAUUAAAAAACAGCUUGUUCUAAAACCCUGUAUUUUGUAAACUGAUGUCUGUGAUGGCCUCUGGUUCUUGAACAGCCAUAUCUGAAUGCGGUGCCUGCAAUAACAUGACAGUCUCUGCUGUUCUCAGCCUUCAAAGCCGACGGGUUUGAAAACUGUGGCAUUCUUUUCAUUAAAACCAAGUCAGAGCUAUCAAGUGAGUGGAUGCUGUUUUAAGUCCAAAUUUAAAGGCAGACUUGGGAAGUUGUUCAGAGAAUUGGAGGAACCGGGAUGGAGGGGGCGAGAGAAUUCAGUCUUCUGUCCGUGGCCCACCGUUUGGCCAUGGACGGUGAGAGGCGAUGGAGGACUUUCAGCUGCUGCUAUUUCGAUACUUUUGCAAAGGAAAAUAAUCAAACCAAAGAGUAUUCAGUGAUAGGUAAAUUAAAUGAAGAUACAGUGGAGAAGGGGGGUGACCGCAGAGAAGGCACCUUCCCAUCACAGAGUGCUGCCACUUAAAAAGACUUGAGCUAUUCGAAAGCGGGUGGGGGUGGGGGCAAGAACGGGGGAGGGAGAUCUUUCAACUUCUUUCUGACAAAGAGAAAAAAAAAAUUCUAAAAUUUCUGGUGCACAGGUUUGUUUGUUUUUGUUUUUGUUUUUUUCCGAGAAAAUUUUGCAGAAGCUAUGUUUUUAAAGUGUACAUUUUAUAAAGUUUAUCAGAUAUUUUCAUAUUUAAAGCCAAAUGUAAAUAGAAGUCUGUAAAGGGAAAAAAAUUGCCAUAGAAAGUAUAAUUUCAGUGCAGCCAUUUCUGGGAGCUAGUACCUAUAUGCUACCGGUUAGCAUGGUUUUAGCAAAUAUUUACCAGCCUUAUAAGGUUCGUAUUGCUAUGUUCUUCUGUUAUUUAUUUCAGCAUGGACUGUUCAUUUGAAAGCUUUUUCUGGUUAUUAGUGUUUUAACAGUUACAAGCUUUAAAUGGCAAUUUUUCUUGUUGUUAAGAGCCAAGACACAGAUAAUGCACAAGGCUGUUUUUUUUUUUUUUUUUUUUUUUGCUGCAUUUUACCUUCAAAACAUUUGUCCUUAUUGACUGGGUCUCCUUAAUUAGUAUAUAUUUGUCAUUAUAGUGCAGACUGAAGAGACUCACCGUGAAUAUCUGGGGACUAUCCCCAGGUCCGUGUCUCUUCUCUGUUGCAAGCAACCCCCCCCCCAUUGAAUUUUAUUUAGGAAUGAUUCCCUUUUAAAGAAUUUUUGCCCAUGACUGUAUGGGCAUUCUAUUUUGGGGAAGAGGCAUAGAUUCCUGUUUAUCCUAUUUUUAAAUAAAAGGUAGCAAAGUGAAUUCUAUUUUGAUUAUUGAGAAAGGAAUAGUUUUCUAUCCCUCUAAGAGUAUACUUGAAUCAGACAUUUUAAGGAUGUCACUGUAGCACUGUAGUUAUUUCCAAAUUCCUGGAGAAAGUUUGCUUUACCUUUUUUUUUUUUUCCUCCUAUCAAUGUAUUAUUUCUUCUCUUCCCUUCCUUUCUUCCCUAUAAACGCCCAUCUCAAACCUCAAUGUUAUUCAGUGAGUUCUAUUCCCCAAAUCAUGUUACCCUGGCAAAAAACAAAUGUCGGUUCGUAUUUUAGGAUCAGCCCCUCAAUAAAGGUAAAAAAGUUUGUUCUAAGAAGUAGAGUGAGUCGUUUUUCACUCUGUGUCUAGCAAUGUUCAGUUUUGUUUUUGUUUUUUUUUUCUUAAAAAAAAAAAAAAAAGUGUUGCAUUGUCACUCACUCCCAACCAGAAUCCCUUUUCUAGUUAUGUUGGGUUUCAGUUCUGUGUUCCAGUAAAUUGAACAAUCCCGGCCUUGGACAAUCGUGAUAGUUAUUAUUUUCCCAUUUGCUGUCUUUUUGUAUCUGAAGUCUUCCUAAUGUACUGCACAAACCAUGGAUUGUACAUA